GUGUAACAAUCCCGGUAAAAUCCCCUUUUCGUAUUGCACUCAAAUUCAGUUCCCAAAGGAAAAGGAUUUUGCUCAUUAAUGUGUGGACCACGCUGGUUUAGGGUUGGUUAGCAAGCGCGAUCGAGCACCGAUUCGACCUUGUCUGAAACUAUGGCGACGCCGUCUGCAUGUGUAACUGUGGUGGAGGGUGAAAAAUCGAUAACGUCGUACUCUAGAUCGGAAAUCGUGUCGGCUUCGUCCUCGGAGAAGAAAUGGAAGAAGAAAUUUAAGGUUAACAAUGACUUUAAUGACGAGAUGCGAGAAAAACAGCAGAUUAAGUUCUACGGGAUUGAUGACUAUGAUUCCGAUGAUUGGGAACAUCGACCCGAUAAGCAUGUCUUCGAAAAGUACUUUCAACAACUCCACGACAGCGAUGGUUUUGAUUUUGAUCAACACCCUGGGCCGUGCAUGGAGGCUCCCAUAUGCCCAAUUUCCACUCGCAGACUUGAUCGUGAUCCUGAGCUUGUAGAUGAACUCAAGGGUUAUGCUUCAAUGGCAAUCAAGGAGCACUUUCCCGACGAUGGGAAAGAACGCAAGGUACUGGGGAUUGUGAAGGUGAAUGCAGGUGGAUGUCGUGACUGGAACUACUACAUUACCUUUAAAGUUAACAACAAUGGGAAUGAAGAAACUUUUCAAGCUCAGGUUGUAAUUUCACUUGAGGGCACUAUCGAGAUUCCAGUUUGCAGGCCCAAGGUCUAAAUUGUUUCUAAAUUAUCUGCAAUUUAGUUGUUACUUAUAGGUAUUAAGGUACAUUUCUCUGUUUUAUUAUGCCUUUGGUUUGUAAUAAUGGGGCUAAAUCUGAAUUCACGCCACAGCACAAUGCUACUAUCUGAUUGAGUUGGUCACGACUUCAUUUUUGCAUUAAAGAUGCAUUUUAAAUGUUAUGCACCUCUAGAUUUUGCUAGUA